GCACAGAAGUACAAAAGCUCGGAAUUCUUCUAUUAGGAGAAGGUCGGGCGAACUUUCACGGUUCAGAGAGAGGGGGGAAUUCCUCUGCCUCAGUUGUACCAGAUUUUCUUUCGCUUUUUCGAUCCCUCGUUCCGUUGUCAUCCAGAUUAUGGCAAACACUAUGGUCCGUUCGUUCGUUCAGGUGGCGGCUGCGGAGGAAGUUUCGUCGCCGCUGAGGGUGGUUCAGAUGGAGGGCUUGGCUAUUCUGAAGAUCAUCAAACACUGCAAGGAGUUUAUGCCAGCUCUAGUUACGGGGCAGCUUCUUGGGUUGGAUGUUGGUAGCGUUCUGGAAGUUACCAACUGUUUCCCCUUUCCGAUUCGAGAAGAAGAUGAGGAAAUUGAAGCAGAUGGGGCUAAUUAUCAGCUUGAGAUGAUGAGGUGCUUGAGGGAGGUCAAUGUUGAUAACAACACUGUCGGAUGGUACCAGUCAACCUACAUGGGUUCUUAUCAGACUGUAGAAUUGAUUGAAACUUUCAUGAAUUACCAGGAGAACAUAAGAAGGUGUGUCUGCAUUAUUUAUGACCCAUCCAGAUCUAGUCAAGGUGUUCUGGCUCUCAAGGCCUUGAAGCUGACAGAUGCUUUUAUGGAUCUAUACCGAGCGAGCUCUCUUAAUGGAGAGAAGCUUAGGGAGAAGAAUUUAACGUGGGUGGAUAUCUUUGAAGAAAUACCUAUAAAGGUGUCAAAUUCUGCACUCAUAAGUGCUUUCAUGUCAGAGCUAGAGCCUGAAGCACCCGUGUCUCAGUGUGAUUAUGAUCGUCUUUCUUUGUCUACAAACCCGUUCAUGGAGAGGAACCUGGAAUUUCUAAUUGAAUGUAUGGAUGAUCUAUCCAUGGAACAGCAGAAGUUCCAAUUUUAUUACCGAAACGUCUCACGCCAACAAUCCCAGCAGCAGGCCUGGUUGCAGAAACGAAGGGCUGAGAACAUGGCAAGGAAAGCUGCUGGAGAGGAACCAUUGCCUGAAGAAGAUCCCUCAAAUCCCAUCUUUAAGCCUCUUCCUGAACCUUCACGGCUUGACAGUUUUCUCAUAACAAAUCAGAUUUCUAACUACUGUAGUCAAAUCAAUGGGUCUGCCGGGCAAAGUCUCAAUAAAUUCUAUUUGAUGGAAGCAUUGCAUGAGAAGUGAUGUUCAUUCAGCUUCUUUUGGCGUCAUUAGCAGGUCAACCAUCUUAUCUGAGCAUGGUAUCAUGUAGAUGACCAUUUCUGGAUUACUCUUCAUUCAAAGUUAGGAUGCUCUGUGGGCAGUGUGCAAUUUUGACCACCUGUUUCAUAUACAUGCUUUGCAAUUUUGGUAAGCAUCUGGCAAUUGUGCUGGUUUUCUGUUUUCAUAUGAAUGUCUUCAUCCUGUAUGGACUGAAAGAAACAAAAGAAAUUUUCAAUAUUUAUCAUUGUUGUUUUUAUUUUGGUUGAAAUCCAAUUGAGUUAUAAAA